AUGGAUGAAUUCCGAGCAACGGCAACGCCUCUUGCUGUGUAUCUUCCUUUUUCAACAUGCGUCUUUGACAGUUUGACGGAUCACCAGAUUAUGAUUUUUGUUAUUGUAUUGAUAUUAAAUCCUGUGGCCAUUCGCUGGAUUAAGCUAGCCAUGUGGAACCCGCUAAGGCUUUCCCGCACGCACGGCCCAGUGUUUGAACAUCUUCUCGUGGCGCUUGAUCGUGGAAAUUGCAUGGGUUUGCAUGGAUCUCGUCGAUAUCAACACACACCCUCCAGCGCCAGUCCCCAUUUUGGCAGUCCGAGCCGGAAAACACAGCCACAACGCAACGCUCCCUCCCUGGAAGCCGACGAGUAG